CUUAAACAAAAGGAAUGCUGGAGAUGAUCGCCUCAUUGAGACGAUUUAAAUAAAUUGAACAUAAAUCCUCGACCUGAUGAUGGGUUCAACAAAUAAAAACCCAAACGGAAUACGUGUAUGUGCAAACGAUGCUCACUUUAUAAGCUUAGGUAAUGGUCGAUUGAGCACGGGCGUGACAUUAUUUGACAUCCCCAUAGGAAAUAUUACAAUCGGAUCCAGUGAAAGCUGCGACAUCAUAAUAAAGGGAGCAGAUGUACAGGAUGUUCAUUGUUCGGUAACACGUAAAAUAUCCGACGACAAUAACUUAGGGGACGUGAUAUUGAAUCGUGUUGGAAGUGCCAAAAUUCUUGUCGAAGGUGUCGUUGUUGACGACGAAUGUUAUUUGCAGCAGGGAUCCAUGAUCACAAUUGGUGAAAAUAGUUACUUACGGUUUAAUUUUCCUCGCAAAGCAGCUCUGUUAAAGACAAACGCCAUGGAUAUGGAUCGAAAUAAUUCAACAGACAAAUAUGACGAAGUGUUAAGAAAAAGUUUAAAUACAAGUUUUGUCAAUUUUGCCGAAUUUAAUUCUGAAAAGUUGUUGAACAACAAUGAUAAAGUGUCGGAAAAGAUGAAGAACUUGAAAUUAAAAACGAAUGAUUCAUACCCAAAAAUAUCAAAUAUGCAAACUUUUCCUUUUGCCGCAAAUUCACUUGAUGGCGUCAGUCCAAAGAAGCCAGAAAAUGUUGUUGAUGAGAUGCAGCAGUUGGAGCAAGUGUUGAAAAUGUUUGUCGAUUAUAAUAACGACAAUCAUAUUGGUGGUUCGUCUUCAUCAAAUCGGAGUCUUACUAAAAUAAGCUCUGAGAAGAUUAACUUAUCACCUCAAUCUCAUCAAAAUCGUAUCAAAACAAACGGCUCGUUACCGAAAAACUUUCACACUAAAGAACAUGGUCACAGUUUUGAGUUUUACGAUUCCGAUUCAAAGUCGACCGACGAUAUUGAAAUCUAUAAGAAACCACAAAGUCCUCGUACGCGAAUAAAGACUUUUGUGUCAUCGCCCACCAGCAGUAAUAAUAAUAAUUCAGCGAAAUGUUUAUCGCCAACAGAUAACAACGAUAAGAGCUACACUGCUGAUAAUAAUAAAAAGAAUGUCGCGAUUGCUGAGAGUUAUGAGAAAGACUAUGAAAAAUUGAUAAAGAGUUUCGAAGAGAAGUUUCGUAUGGAUAUUUAUAACAUUCAGAAUUGUGAGAAGACAAGUGACGGCGGCAACGGAACAAUAGCCGAAUCGACAGAUUUGAACAGUGAAAAGAAUGAAAUUUUGUCGAAGAUAAGAGAAUUGAAAAUUCUUAUUUCGGACAUUCAAUUGCAAGAGAGCGAGACGUAUCUCGAGUCUGACGUUGAAAAGUCAUUAGUAUUAGCAGAAAUGUCGAAUGAAAAAGCAAAUUUAUUGAAGUUAAAUGAUAAAUUGUCAGCAUUAAAGACACAAAUGAAGCAUUUGGAAGUUCAAAAAGUUCGAAAGCAGAAGCAUCAAGAAAUUCAACAAAUAAAAUUGAGAAAUGUUAUCAAAGAUAUGGAAGCGGAAAUCAAAAUAUUAAAAGAACAGAAAGAUCUCUCAGUUGACUCAAAGAAUCGUUUGCAGGAGUUGGAAGAGAAGCUAGAAGUCGAUAAGAAGACUUAUGAGGAUUUGGAGUUUCAUUAUCUUGAAGAAGAAACCGAUUGGUUGUCAUUGCUUGAAGAGUACAAAGAAAACAUCAACACGUUCAGCCAACAAAUCGAGGACAAGAAGAAUGUUAUCCAACAGCUUGAACAGACGAAACAGGUCAAUGAGAAUCUGACGCAAGAUGAACAGAAGACAUUGGAGAAGCGUCUAUUUAAUUUGAAACAAAAGCUUGAGAAUGAAAGGGAAAAGCUUAAAAGUAUUGACAAAAUGCUUUUAGCCAAGAAACCGUCACCAAACAUAAACGAAAAAGAGAAUAACAAUCAAAAUGAUUCAUCAUCAAGCUUUAGUGCCUUUGAUAGUUUAUCGUUCGACCGCAACUCCAAUUUAAUGUCGAAAAGCUUUAAUGAAAACAUGUUCUUCAACCGCAACAAGAUUGAAGUGUCGCAUUUUGAUUUUAAUCUUAAUUUAAAUGUCGAUCCAAGUGUGAAUGAAGACAAUGAAGAAGAAAAAGAUGAUAAACAGAAAAAGUUAAACAAUGCCAUGGUGAAGGAAGAAGAUCUGCGAAUUUCACCAAUCAAACACAACAACAUCAACGAUUUAUCUCGUAAUAGUCAAUCAAAUGACACUGAUAAUAACGCUUCACCUCUCAUGAUGCCAAAGUACCACUCGUUGUCUUCAAUUAGCACAUCUCAAGAUGAUUUGGUGCCGUCUAAUAAUAAAAACAAUAACAACAGUCAAAUACCGAACGGUUAUGGAACAUUGACGGGAGUCGUUCAACGUCAAACUCCAAAACAACAUAAACGACCUCUCACACGUUACUUGCCAAAUUUCUCCUUAGAUUUUAAUUUAAAACAUCACAUUGAAAGCGCAGGUCAUCAAAUUCAGCUUUGUCCACAUGUCAUAAUUACUGCUACAAGUUGCCGAGGAUUUCUCAACAAAGUUGGUGCCAAACCACUAUUCUCCAAUUUACGUGUCAACAAUCGUUGGUUCGUCUUUGACCGCGAACGUCAAAUGCUGGUUUAUUAUUCUGAUAAGAAUGAGAAGAAGCCUCGAGGUGGUGCGUACUUCAACGCUAUCACUGAUGUUUAUUUCGAUCAUUCAUCGAUGAAAAACAAUCGAACGUUUAUCGUAAAGACAAAAAGUAAGAUGUAUACGUUACAAGCACCUUCUCAACAAGCCUGUUCGAUUUGGAUUGAUGUCAUAAUAACAGGUGCCCAAGGAAAGAUUCUCGAAUACGACAAAUAAAUAUUAAUUAACGAUUUUGCAUUGAAACGAAGUUAACCAUAGCGAUUCCUAUCAACACUAUCAAUAUUAUCUACUAAGAGAGAGAGACAGACAAUCACGAUUUUAUUUCUAACAUUUCCUUUUAUACUUUUCUUUAUAAUUUAAGAAUAAUUAUUCUUUAUAAUUGCGUGCUUGAUUGAUUAUACGAAACCAUAUUUUUUAGUUUAAAAUAAGUUUGUGAAAAGAUUUUUAAAAGGACCAACAAUAAAAAGAUUUAAAUGAA